GAUAGAUCGCGGUGCCGAAGUAAUCGAGAGUGCAAAUUUCGUGUGUGUGUUUGCCGGGCGAUUGUUUGCAGUGUUUAGUGCGUGCUAUUGACUCAGAUUUUGACUGCUGAUCUGACGACCUCUGUGCUGGCAGGGACGGACCGAAGUGAGGUGGCCAAACCGACAAAGCCAUUACAAAUUGUAGAACCAAUCAAAAACCAAAAUAAACAACAAUGAACCUGCAGCACCUAGUACUCACUCUAGUCAUCGCACUCUCGGCUCUCUACAUCAACCCAGUGACAUCCCAGCGAGAAGUGUUUCGAUUAUUCAAGAACUGCAGAUUUGGAAAACCAGAUUUCGAUCCAUGUGUAAAGAAAGCAUUCAAUGCGUUAAGGCCGUGGUUUAAGACAGGCCUUCCGGAGUUGAACGUUGCACCAUUCGAUCCACACAAGGCGGCCCACAUAGUGCAGUAUCGAGGCGACAAGGACGGACUGGCCGGCUAUAAGCUACAACUCUCCAACGUAUCCGAGUACGGCUGGGCGAUUUCGGAAGUAACCAAGUACAAGACGGACUACAAGCAUGACCGCAUCAUUUACUCGCAGUAUUUCCCGGAGAAAUCCCUCGAUGGAGAGUACGAGUUCGAGUCGAAACUGUUAGGUAGUCCGUGGCACACCAAAGGAAUUUGGAAUCUGACGCUGUACGAGUACAGUCAAACGACGACUGUAACGCGGGUGGGUGGCCCAGGAGGUCUGCUGAAGGUGCGUGUUGAGAUUGACAAAAUCGGGGAUAUGAAACUUCAUAUCUCGGAUCUGUUUCAUGGGGCGAAAUUUAUAGAAUCCAUAGCCGACUUUUUCAUCAACACUUUAUGGCAACCAAGUUUUCCAUUCAUAAAACCUCUGAUCAACGAUCUAGUCAGCACCGCAUUCACGGAUAUCUUCAACGAAUCCUUCCGAUACUUCCCGCUACACGAAGUGAUACGCAAUAGCUAUUAGGAUUUUUACUUUAGGACUGAAAUAAAACUAGUUUUAUACCAUUUUAG